ACGGCCGCAGUGCUGCUGCUGCUGGGGGGGUGGGGGAGCAGCUGACGAUGCUGAGGGAGGAGGAGGAGCAGGAAGGACGCCUUUGUGGUGUGGUCGCUUCUAUUUUAAGCCAGCUCUGACCGGGCCAACAUUCGGUGGAUCGUCAAGAAGGCCCACGGCGAGGAUGAAGAUGAGGAUGAGGAUGAGGAUGCUGCCCACCCUCCGCCAGCUGUGAACACGAGACAGAGGCGACAGCAUCUCGGCAUCGAAUAAGGUUGUUUUUCAUUAGAGUGGACAAAGACACCUGCGGAGCCUGGACUCAUCCACAGAAACGUCCUUCAGUCUCCCGGGCGUCAUCACGAGAAGGCCCGCGAGGGGCCUCGAGGCGCGGAGGCGUUGUUGCCGUUAUUGCGCUUUUGCUGGAUGAAAUAUUCCGAGCAAUGCUGCUCGCUUGAGGGACUAUCAGGACGACGUCGAAGUGAAGCGCAUCGCUAUCUGUAUUGCGAUUACUAGCGAGAAGCGAGAACCUCUCUCGAUGAGGCUCACGUGGAGCGCCAUGCUGCAGCACAACAACAACAACAACUACCCGUGCCAGGAGGCGGCCCACCGCGAGGCGCCCCUCAAGUGCGCCUCGGCCUCCCGGCUGCUCCCCGGCAGGAUGGAGCUGGGCCUCGGGGACCUGCCGCUCAUCCGGGGCCUGCGGGCCUGGGCGCUGUGCUCCAAGAACCGGCAGAAGGCCGGCGUCCCGGCGGGCGGCCGACGAGCACCGGUGACACCGCCCGCCGGUCGGAGGACGUCCCGUCCCGGACAGGCGGGCGUGGACCCGAGCGGGGCGUGGGGUUCGGGGUACGGCCUCCCUCGGGCCGGGGCGGGCGCCCUGGUGACGGUGGCCACUCUGAAGACAUCUGAAGGCAACGGGAAGACGCAGACUCAGUGCCUCUUUCUGCGGAACGACAAAGGAAGUUAUUCGUACGCCGCAUCCGGGGGUACAAGCGGGGCCGGGGGGUGGCUCAGGGGGAAGUCAGGUACAGGUACCGGGCGGCAAGACAUUGUUUCCGCUCUCCAAACACAGACCGCGGCGAGCCGGGUCCGAGCGCGCUCGGGCCGGAGAUGGAGGAAGUCCGGUCACCCGGUCGGCCGAGAGAAAAGACAUCUUGAUAAGGAAGUCUGCGAGAAGCAGGAAAAGCUAAGCAAACCCGCUCCGCGGUGCCUCGCCAAUCCCGAAGAGGAGGCCUGUCGGGAACACGGAGGACCGAGGGGGACUCCCGGACGGCUCCAGAAUUGGUCCGCCGAGGAAGGUCCGAGGACGACCAGUCACGCUGCCAGCCAAGACGACAAAUCUGACGAGGAAGUCACAGUGAAACAGGAAGAGCUAGACAAAGUGUGUCCAGACUGCCUCAGCAGUCCCCAAGGGGAUGCCUGUAAGAAAAGCCGAGGACCAGGGGGGAGUCCCGGAUUCCAUCAGAUCCCUUCCGACGAGGAAAGUCAGACGAAGUCCAGUCACGUGGCCAACCGAGACGAAAGACUUCCUGAGGAGGAAGUUACUGAGAAACAGGAAGAGCCAGACAAAGUCAGUCCGGAGCGCCUCGCCAGUCCCGAAGCGGGAGUCGGUCGGGAAAGCGGAGGACUGCGGAGGAGGCCUGGAUGCCUUCGGAAUGCUUCCAAUGAGGAGAGUCCGAGCAGAGAAGGCACUCUGAGUGGAAUGAAGGGGGAGUGGGAACAGACUGCGGAGGAGGACGAGAAGGGGAACGAACUCUGCCGGAAUGAUCCUUGUAUUUCAGCGGGGCCCAACCCGGACCUGGAAUCUUCUCGCUCUCACGCGGAAUGUGAGGGCGGAAAAGACUCCGUAAACAUGACAAAGAGACCGGAUGAGGAAGAGAGCACUAUCCGGGCGACUUUUGGUCACACCGCAGCCACGAGCAGAUGCCCCGAGGCCUCCCAUACUGCAGGGGGCGGCGCUUGCCAAGAUGAAGGUUGCCAGGUUGGGAGAGCGCUCGGGAACAGCGACAAAGCUUCCAACGGGAAUUUGCGGAGGGGAAAGGAGCUGGAUUGGGUGCCAAAGGAGUUUGUGCGUGGAUGCAUGCCAACUCCCGCCGGUCCCCGCCCGCGUAAUCCCACGCCCUCCCCGCCCCUGUCGGCCACCGUGGCGACCGGUCGGCCCCGCGCCGAGGCAGAAGAAAAAGAAGGAGGCAAAGACGGCGCUGCGCUGGAAAGCCGGGACAGAAAACAGGAGGAAGAGGAAGAGGAAGAUGAGUUCGGAGGGUUCAUGCAAGCGGGCGGUGGAGAAGAGUGCGGCCAGGGCGGCGCCGUUUCUGCCCCGCUGCCUUGCGGGAGCUCAGCGGCGUUCGGGAGCAGUGCGGUCUCCGGGGAGUCGAGCGACCGGAGGCCCGCCCGGGCGGGAAGCCCGGACGCCCGGACGGCCUUUCGUCGGGACGCGGCGGGACGGCGGUGGCCGGACGAGGGGAGGACGCACGACGAGGCGCUCGACCGCCGACUGGCGCGUGUCUUUGCCACGGCUUUCCCCUCGCUGCCCACCUCGGCGCCCCGCCUCCCUGCCGACGUCAUUCCCACUUUGGCGCAGCUCCUCGAAAGCAGCAGUCAGGAGCAGCGGCUGCUGGACGGCUUCCGCGACGUCGGCAAAAUGUCCGCCCGGAGAUACAAACGCGGCGGCGGCGGCGGCGGCGUGUCCCGAAGUCUCCUGCUGAGCUCGCUCCGAGUCGAGCAGCCCAACGCCAUCAGCAAAUGUGAAAAAGGAGCCCCCGAGGCCAAGUUCACCGGAAGACACGAAAUCGGGCGGCCACAAGUUCUGUCGAGCUUAUUAAAGAUGAUGAGGUGUCCGAUGGACCCUCUUGUGGAAAAACAAAACAAAAAAACACACACAAAAAAAGGAUGGGUCUGUAAAAUAUUGUCAAAUGAGUAACUCUAAGCCGGCGUCACUCCAAACGUCAACAUUAUUAUUUGUUUAGACGCAGUGACUUAGAUGGUUGCAAGUGUACCUAAUGAAAUGCCCAUUGGGCCCUUUUGUGGGAAAAAUAAAAAAGAACAAUAUUUUCGCAAAAUAUUGUUCACUGAGUAACUUUAAAAUGGUGUUAAUGUAAAAAAAAAAAAAAAAAAAUUGGUUUGGACAGAC